UUUUAUUCAUCGCCCGUUGGCGUUUUGUAAUUUUUCCUUUACUUUUUACUAUUAAACCACUUUUGCGUCAUUUUUGCUCAUUCUUAAUAAAUUUGCAUUUUUUUUGUUUUUGCUUGCGCGCAUCUUCUCUUUCCUAUUUUGACAUUCUAUCUCUCCCAUCCUUUUUAUUUACAUUUUCUUUUCUCAUGCCAUUGGGUUUUUAUCCCUUCCCCAUUUCUAAUAAUUUUCGUUUACUUUUCCCCAUUUACUAUAAUGGAUUGUUGUGUCAUCCAUUACUUUUUCCCCGUUUUCAAAUCCUCUUUCUUCCAUUUUUAUUUCACUUUUACCCUUUUUAAAUUUGUGUUAUUGUACGGCAAUGGGUGAUC